GGGACACUGGUAUGUCAUCUGCAGGUGAUCUCCCUUUACGUAAUGUAGUCUUUGCAUCACUGAUUUUUACUGAGUAUUAAUUUUGGUAUAAAAUCUGAUAACCAGCAGCUGUCAUAAAAAAAUGAUUGGGUUGAAGUGCUAUUUCUCUCUUCCAGUGGUAGCAGGGGCUUUUUUUGUGGGACUCCCUUAUAGCAUCUCUCUGGUUGCCCAGUGGCUUUAUGGCUGGCCCAAUAAACCUGGGUACCAAAAAUAUAUGGAGGCUCUCAAACCAAGGCGCAUAUACUGUUUGACAAGAGCCGUGCUAGAGAUGCUGAAGUAUCUGCAGUAUGGGAAACUGUACUUUCAGUGGAAAUUGUGGUACAAAGAUGACAAAAAUAGCAAGCACUGUGUGAAAGGUAUCACCUUUGGUCGGCGAGGUAACAAACUAGAUUUAUACUAUUCGCCAAGUAUGGACAAUUCUGAUGCUGCUCCUGUACCGGUGGUUAUAUUUGUGUAUGGAGGUGCGUGGGGCUCAGGAGAAAGAUCCAUUUAUUGUCUUUUAGCCCUACAAAUGGCAAAAGAGCUUAAUGCCUCUGUAAUUUGUCCUGAUUAUUCCAUAUAUCCAAAGGGAAAUGUUCUAAAUAUGGUUCAAGACAUUUGUGAUAGUUUGCUGUGGGUGAGAGAAAGGGGCCAAACGUUCAAUCUUGACAAAGACAACAUAGUUUUAAUGGGUCACUCUGCAGGGGCUCAUCUGUGUGCCCUUACCACGUUGUUUCUUGUGAACAGUCCAGAAGAGCUAUUCAUUGAGGUCCACAAACAGAGAGAACUUGUAUCUGCCAUUAAAGGAAAUAUUGGUCUGAGUGGAGUAUACAAUAUAAUGGAUCAUUAUAAACAUGAGAAAAUGCGGGGUGUUGAAUAUGUGUCAACAAUGCACAAAGCUAUGGGUGGUCUGGAGAACUUUGAUUAUUACUCGCCAACAUCAUUAUUGAAGAAAUUGAAUGAGGAUCAGUUAAAACGAGUUCCACCAGUGGUAUUACUCCAUGGAACCAGUGACAUCAUAGUACCGGUGGAGUCAUCAGUGAGAUUGUCUGACCUCCUCACAUCUCUUUCUAUCAGGAUGUCUCUUCAUCUAAUACCUAAAAUGAACCAUACUGAGAUGGUCACUGAUCUUAUGGCACCAGACAGGCACUUUUACCACACUGUUUUUGGCUGUAUUAAACAUGAGUACAGUAAAUUUCAGGGUUAUGUGGCAUGAUAAUCUAUUCACCAAGUAAUUUUAAAAUUGUUGUAGUAAUUUUCAAUUUGCCAAACAUUAAUUAUUAUUUAGAGAACUUGUUUUUUUUAUAGUGGUUUUGUAAGUUUACAUUGAAAUGUUUAAUUUUCAGCGCGAUGUUGCAGUAUUUAUACCUCAUUUAAAACAUGUGCUCAAUACUCCUUUGUACAAGAUGGUAAAACAUAUGUGCUUGUUAUCUGCCAGAUUAUAAUGUUUAAUUCAUUGUAAAAUAAGAAGAGAACAGUAAGGAUAAAUGGAUACUGUAACAUGAGUGAAAACUGUAUUCUUACCUUGCUUUAUCUUACCUUACUCGUGUAGGAGUUUAAAUCUGUAGUACUCCUAAAAUAUAUAUAUUUAAAAAAAAAUUGGGCCCCAAUAUACAGAUUCAGUUAUUGUCACAUUAAAUAAUAAUAUAAGCUCACAGCUGUUUUAGUUAAGGAAUGUGGUUUAUUCAGAUUUCCCUUAAUUUAGUAUUUUCAUGGUUGUGACAAUAUGUCGAUGCAGGGAACGAGUCGUCAACAUUAACAUAAUUAUUAAAUAACCUUUCAUUAACCUAUUCACUUUAUAGGUUUACUGCCACAGUGUCAUGACAUAGGUUUUAUGUAAUUUGGAGUUAAAUUGACUGCAACGUAACUUCACGAAUAGCACAGGGAAAUUCCAUUCAAAGGUCAACCGUACCAUGAAAAUAUAAUUUUUCACCGUACUGAUAGCUCAGAUGUCUCUCUUAGUCUAAAGCUUUAUAUAUUUUUAAAGUAUGAUAUUCCAUAGUCAGGCAAGUGCUGCUUUAAGAAUUUUCACAUGAUCACAUUCCUCCUAAAAUUUUUAAUAUAAUGAAGACCUAUUCCUUCUCCAUUUGUUGGGUAUUAUUGCUUCUGGUUUGUGGAUAUUUUCAUUCACAAAAAUCCUACAAAAUAGUAAAAAUCCUACAAAGUGCAGUCUCUCAAAAAUUGUGUCUUUUGGAACAAUCAAGAAAUAUUUAUUUCCCUUUUUCAAAAUAGAAAACGUGUAGACUGAUUUAUUUCUGAUGUGUAGACUCUAUCGAGAGGGCUUUAGGGAAAUAUAAACAGAUGGUUCAGUUUUCUGUAUUGGUAAAAAAAUAUUUCAAGUGGGAAAAUGUCGCAUCUUAAUGCUAGAAUUGCCCCACAGUUACUACAUUCGUAGGCUUCACUAUUCUCGAGAAACUAACCAUUUUUAACCGGAAAGAAGUAGGCUAUAUGAGUUAUACAAAUAGUCAAACACUAAGAAAUCUGAUUUGUACUGUAAUUGUUUUAGUUUAUUU